UUUUUUUUUUUUUUUUUUUUUGAGGUUUAAAGAAAUUUUAUCAAAUAUUAUUUUUACUUUUUUUAUUUAUUAUUUCCGUUCAUUUUCCCUCUCAUUUAACUUUAAAAUAAAGGAGGCAUAUAGAUCAAUAAAAUUAAGCCGAUUAUGCUUAUUGAAGGGACAAGGAUGUUUUAUUCAAGAGAAGUGAAGCUGAAGCUGAAGCUUUGCCUUGAAGGAGAAAUACGAGAGCCAGUGCGGAUUAGCAGACAUUAAAAUCUUGCGUUUCAGGCUUAUGCAGUUGGUGUCUUUCCAUCUCAAGGCUUCGAGUUUUGAAGCCUUGAAAAUUGUCAUGCCGUUGAAGGUCUUGUACAGAUCGAUUUACUAGCUCGCCUCCAUGGGCAAUCAUGGACUUGCAUCGAAUAGUGAGUGUUAUACGCCAGUGUGGCCGAUUCCGAGCUUUUCGACAUGGAAGAUCACUUCAUGCUCACAUAAUCAAACUCGGGGUUUUCAAUGACGUGUUUUUUGCCAAUAAUUUGUUGGCCAUGUACGUUGAUAUCUCUCUUUUGAAAGAUGCUCGAAGACUGUUUGAUGAAACGCUAGAAAGAAAUGUUGCUACAUGGACCACAAUGAUCUCUGCAUAUUCCAGUAGUGGGAGGCCCGAUACUGCUCUCAAAUUCUAUGUGCAGAUGUUAGAGUCCAAAUCAGAGACACCAAAUGGGUUCCUGUACUCUGCAGUUCUAAAAGCGUGUGGUCUCGUGGGUGAUCUUGAAUCGGGUAAAUUGAUCCAUGGAAGAGUUUUUAGAGCUAAUUUAGGGUUUGAUACUGUUUUGAUGAACACCCUUUUGGAUAUGUAUGUGAAAUGUGGGAGUUUGAGUAGUGCCCGGAAAGUUUUUGAUGAUAUUUUGUGUCCUAGUUCAACUUCGUGGAAUACUAUGAUUUCAGGGUAUGGUAAAGAAGGUUUGAUGGAGGAGGCUGUGAAUUUAUUUUAUCAAAUGCCAGAACCAGAUACUGUGUCUUGGAAUAGCAUUAUUGCUGGUUUUGGGUGUAAAGAAAGUUUGGGUGCUUUGAGAUUUGUGUGUAUGAUGCACCGGAAAGGGCUUAAGUUGGAUGGAUUUACAUUUUCUUGUGCUCUUAAGACCUGUGGUUGUUUCCAGUUGUUAGUUAUGGUGAAACAGAUUCAUUGUUACGUCAAUAAAUCAGGUUUUGGAUCCUGCUGUUUUACUGCAUCUGCUCUGGUGGAUUCAUAUUCCAACUGCAAUGAAUUGGAUGAAGCAAUAAAAAUGUUUGAUGAAUAUUCAUGCUGCAGUGCCUCUAUUCUUGAUUGUUUGCCACUUUGGAAUUCUAUGCUUUCUGGGUAUGUUGUUAAUGAACAAAAUAGCGCUGCUAUCAAUCUGGUCUCACAAAUUCAUAGCUUGGGUGCACAUGUUGACUCAUUCACUUUUGGCAGUGCUUUAAAGGUCUGUAUCAACUUGCAGAACUUUAGACUUGGGCUCCAAGUCCAAGGAUUGGCUGUCACUAGUGGGUAUGAGUUAGACUAUGUUGUUGGAAGCAUUCUUAUUGAUCUCUAUGCAAACGAUGGGAAAAUUAAAGAUGCAUUAAGAUUGUUUUACAGGCUUCCAGAGAAAGAUAUUGUGGUUUGGUCCAGUUUAAUCUCUUGGUGCACUAAGAUGGGACUAAACUCAUUGGUUUUUUCACUGUUCAGGGAUAUGGUUAAUUUGGAUAUUGAAGUUGAUCAGUUUAUUAUCUCAAGUGUUCUGAAGGCUUGUUCAAGCCUAGUAGGGCUUGGGAGUGGUAAACAGGUCCAUUCCUUUUGUGUAAAGAGCGGGUAUGAAUCAGAGAGGAUAACAGUAACAUCUCUAAUUGACCUGUAUGCAAAAUGUGGUGAAAUUGAGGAUGGAUUAGCUUUGUUUUAUUGUACUUCAGAAAGAGAUACUGUGUGUUAUACAGGGAUCAUUAUGGGAUGUGGGCAAAAUGGGAGAGCAAUGGAAGCAGUUGGGUUUUUCCAAGAGAUGAUAGAGUUGGGGCUAAAACCAAAUGAAAUAACUUUUCUAGGUGUUCUUUCUGCCUGUAGACAUGCUGGUUUAGUGGAAGAAGCAUGGACUAUUUUUAAGUACAUGAAAACUGAAUAUAAAAUGGAACCCCACAUAGAGCAUUACUAUUGCAUAGUUGAGCUUCUGAGUCAAGCUGGAUGUUUCAAAGAGGCUGAAGAAUUGAUUGCUGAAAUGCCUUUUGAGCCUGAUCAGACCAUAUGGAACUCCUUGCUUGGGGCCUGUGGAACUCACAAGAAGACUGAACUGGUUAAUUUUAUUGCUGAACGUCUUCUAACAACCUUACCUGAAGACCCGUCAAUUCUCGUUACACUUUCGAAUGUUUAUGCUACUUUGGAAAUGUGGGAUGAUUCAAGAAAAAUGAGAGAAGUAAUCAAGAAAGUGGGCAUGAAAGAAGCUGGGAAAAGCUGGAUUCAGAUAAAAAGUUAAGAAAUCCUUUCGUUGCAUGGUACAAUUGAAGAUUCCAUAAACUAAAGUUCAAAUUACAUAAUUCAAGCAAACAGAGAGGAAUGAUAAAGGAAGUGGGCAUGAAAGAAGCUGGGAAAUGCUGGAUUCAGAUCAAAAGUUGAAAAAUCUUUCUUCAUUGCAUUUCAUGGCACAAUUGGAUAUUGUAUAAACUAAAGUUCAACAGUUGCAUAGUGUCUUGAGACAUGUAAGUAACUGUUGUACUUGUGAAGCUAAGGCUCCACACAUUAUAAGGGACUGGACCAUCUAAUUUCCAUGCCUGAGAUGCCAAAACAUCAUCAUAUAUUUGGCAAUCAGAGGGAUCUCGAGAGGGAUGUAGUCCUUGAUGACAAUGUUUGGAGCCAUGUUGCUUUUACUUUAUGGGGUUUCCAGAAAACUUCCUUUCUUUGGUUGAGCCUACUGCUCUAUCUAAUGCUGCGUUUGAUUGCUGCCUCAAGGUUGAAGUUUGGAUCCCAGCCAAUAUCACCAAUCAUCUUUUUUUUAAGAGACAGAAAAGAGGUCACUGAUACUAUUUCUACAUUGUUUGCAAAGAUGGAUGCUUUUGAUGGUCCAGAGGAAUGAAAAUUUACCUCAUCAAUAAGAAGAAGAUAGAAAGCGCAGGCCACUGCAUUGACAACUUAGCACUGUACAGAGUUUAUAUGGACUUUUGGUGGGACAGAGAUGGAGUCAACAUCUGGUGCUAUGGUAAAUAGUUUGGUGCUGUCAAGUGUGAAAUGCAGAAGUUUGAGUCUCAAGGAUUGCUAAGCAGGGUGAAGGCUAGGACCAUAUCCAGCUCAGCUCAACCCUUCCAGGACCUUAUAUUGCCAGAACCUGCCCUGGUUAAUAGUAUUUUGAUAAGGGGAGUAGAGGUUAUUGGGUUUUCCUAAAGCAUGAUGAAAUUGGGAUUGAAUCUGAGUGAAACAGCCUAUCUAAUUAUUCUUUCUGCCUGAAUUCAUGCUGGUUGGUCAAAAAAGCAUGGACCAUGUUAAGUCCUUGAAAAAUCAGCAUGGGCCAAAACCUUGGCGAAAGUUGUUAUUUAAUGAUGGUAUUCUUGGUCGAAACUGAAAGUUCAUAGAGAAAAAUAAGAUUUUAGACCACACAAAUGUCUUAAUGUUAAA